AUGGUGUGGAGAGUGCUUUUGGCACUGCACACCUGCAGCGCCACGCAGCAGGGAGUAGGGGUCUGGGACGCUGAGAGCUGGCAAUCAGCGGGUAGCUCCUUCGGAAGCUACGGCGCCUAUGAUCCCGAGGACACUGGUGAGGAGCACAGGUACUACGUUCACAAAGGUGAGCGAAUCCAUUACCAUCCUGAACAUGGUGAGGAGCCCCUUGAAUCCGAGGGCUUCACCGUGCCUUUCGAGAGGGCGUGCAUGGAUGCAUGUGAUCAAGAUGGCCGCUGCCAGUGCGCAGCUUACAGGCCGAGAGAGAGGAGCUGUCAGCGAUGGAAGGGCUGCCGUAGGCAUCCAGAAAGUUUCGUGAAGGAUAGCGAGACGCUCAUGCUGAUGAAAGUUCCCAGCAGCCGGCCGAAGUAUAAGGAGUACAGGCGCUACAACACCUACAAGAGUGUUGGCUCCAGGGACAUUGAUCGAGGUGGCGAACCUGCAGUGGUCGCCUCCUACAAGGAGUGCCAGGACAGGUGCACAGUGGAUUCCAACUGCGCCUGCAGUGUGUGGGCAAUCGAUGGCACAUACAGGUGCUGGAAACGCGAGGGAUGUGAAGAGAGCUCCCUCGUGUAUGACCCCGUCUACACCGUCUUCAUGAAACAACAAGUCUUCACGAGAGAAGACGAAACGACCACAGAAGAGGUGGACCCCUACCUUUUCGCCGCGGAGGAGAUGAGGCGAACGGCAGCUCCUUCGACCAAGGCAGGCACCACCGAAGCUCCGAGCACAUCGCAGACCACCCUCUCCUCGUCCAAGGAGACCGAGAGAUCAACCUCAAGAUCUGUCGGCCACAGCUCCACCACGAUGGAGAGGACCACGUCGCCACCCAGACCCAGCACGCCAAGCACGGCUCCGCUCACAGCUGCUCCUACAGCUGUUGCUCCAGCUGAUCAUUCGGUUGCGGGCGCAACGGGCGCAACGGGCGCAACGGGUGCAACGGGUGCAACGGGCGCAACGGGCGCAACGGUUUCUGCAGCUCCCACGUCUGCCACUCCGACCACGGCUGCUGCUGCUGCUGCUACUUACCCUACAACAGCCGCUGCAACCACCGCCAUGCCGUCGACAGUGAUCGGCGUGACGAUGGCCCUCCCGUUGCCAGGCUACAAGGUGUACUCCUAG